AUGGCUGGCAUUCGUGUAGCAUGGAUUGGCCUCGGCAACAUCGGCCGGGGCAUGAGCAGCAACAUCGCUCAAAAGGGACCCCAAUCCAGCCUCAUCCUCUUCAACCGCACCACCUCGCGCGCCACCGCCCACGCCGAGAAACUCGGCGGCAACGUCACCGUCGCAACCUCCCUCACCGAAGCCGUCAAAGCCUCCGAUCUAAUCUUCACCUGCGUCGGCGAUGACCCCGCCAUCGACUCCAUCACCGAGACCAUCCUCUCCGACAAGGAAACCGACCUCUCAACAAAGACCUUCGUCGACUGCUCCACCGUUCACCCGGAUACCUCCCGCCGCACGGAAGCCGCCUACGAAGCCCGCGGCGCCUCCUUCGUCGCAUGCCCCGUCUUCGGCGCCCCCAACAUGGCCGACGCUGGUCAAAUGAUCGUCGUGCCGGCCGGCAAACAAUCCGCCAUCGCCAAGGCCAAGCCCUUCUUCGAGGGUGUCGUGGCAAAGGCCACAAUUGAUCUGUCUUCCGGUACAGGCGCAGACAUCGACGUCGGCCGCGCGUCCACCCUCAAAGUCCUCGGCAACACAUUCAUCCUCAACACCGUCGGCGUGCUGGCCGAGUCUCUCACCGCCGCGGACGCAACGGGUCUGGGAACGGGUCCGUUCCGGCAGUGGCUGGAGCUGUUUAACCCGGGGCCGUUUGCCAAGUAUGCGGAUCGGAUGAUUAGUGGAGAUUAUUAUCAGCGGGAGGAGCCGUUGUUUGCGGUUGAUCUUGCGCGCAAGGAUUUGAGACAUGCGUCUAAUAUUGCCAAGGAGGGUGGUCAGCGUAUGCGCAAUGUGGAGGUGACGGAUCACUUUUUGCAGGAGGUUAAGGCUGAGAAGGGGGAGAAGGGUGAUAUUGCUGCUGUUUAUGGUGCGGCCAGGAAGGCUGCUGGUUUGAAGUUUGAGAAUCAGUGA